UCGCCUGGGCGAUGGGUGCCAUGGACGCGAGCCGCGCGCGGGCCGCCCUGUGCGGCGUCGCGCUGCUCUGCGCUGUCGGCCUGGGCCAGCGACCCACCGGGGGCCCGAGCUGCGGCCCCGGCCGCCUUCUGCGUGGGACCGGGAAGGACGCGCGCUGCUGCGUCUCGUGCGCCUCCGCCAAGGUCUGUCCUGAGAACUGUACGUGUGUCCAGCCUGAACACCACUGUGGAGACCCACAGUGCAAGACUUGCAAGCACUAUCGUUGCCGGCCCGGCCAAGAGGUGCAGGCUCAUGGAAGUUUCAUAUUCGGCUUCGAGUGUGUUGACUGUGCCGCAGGGACCUACUCUGGGGGCCGCGAGAGCCGCUGUAAACCCUGGGCAAACUGCUCCCAGGCUGGCUUCCGCACCAUGUUCCCUGGGAACAAGACGCAUGACGCUGUGUGUGACUCAGGACUGCCGCCCGCUGAGCCACACCACUGCCCGCUGACCGUCAUCCUGCUCGCCAUGGUCACCUGCAUCCUGGUCCUGAGUGUGGCCCAGCUUGGCCUGUACAUCUGGCAGCUGAGGAGGCAGCGAGUGUGGCCCCCAGAGACCCAGCUGCUGCUGGAGGCCCUGCCACCAGCUGAGGACGCCUGCAGCUGUCCGUUUCCUGAGGAGGAGCGCGGGGAGCGGCUGUCGGAGGACAAGGGACGGCUGGGGGACCUGUGGGCAUAAGGCCCCACCACCUUCUGGCACAGUGGACCCCGAGCCAGAACCUCCCAGAAACUUGCUCAGGGCUGACCCCUGGGGGCAAGGGCUCUGCUCCCUGCUGAGGGUCCCCCACUCUGGCCCGGCCCUGCUCCCCUCGACGGCGGAAGUGGGUGGGGAUGUUAACAGUGACGAGUCCCCCAGACCAUGCAGAAGAGGCAGCAGCUGUGGCCAGGCCAUGGGAGACACAGACUCGGCCGUGGCUGCCUCCCUCCUGCGCCAGCCCUGCUGGAACGGGGUCUGUGGGCCCCGGGCUCCCAGGACAGGAGGCCGUGCCCAGCACAGGAUCUGGCUGCAGGCGGUGCUCAAUAAACCCUUGUCCAGUGA